CUAACUUUUAGAUGCAGACACAAAGUAUUCACAUGAUUGAACAUGUUUUCUGUGGAUGCGUCUGUGGAUUAUUAUCACAGCUUUUACAAAACACUUCGCGGAAAUCUAUUAAACUUAAACCUCUCAGAAAAUGAUUAAACAGACAAGUGCAUUUAAUGAAAAUCACCAUCCCACAGGCUGACCUCACACACACAGAACGGAAACUAAUACAUUUAGGCAACUUAAAAUGCUUUUUUUUAUCAAACUCAACAUUUUAACUGCUUUUUACUUUUAAAUCUACGGUUUGGUUGUGUAGAAAUACAAAAUAUAUUUGUUUAAAACCUGACCUGUGUGUUCUCAGCUAUCCUCUCGUUGCCUGUAAUCUGAUUUGUUUUACAAUGGGUUCUUUGUAAAUUAGAGAGACUGAAAGAAACAUUUGUGAAUGUGGGGCAAUCUAACUCAUUGAUAUCACGAGAAACUUCACAAGAGCACGAGACGCAGUCUGAUUCCGUACAUUCAACUCUUCACUUUUUGAUUUAAUAUUCUGACAGCUUUAGUGGACACAUAAAACCUUAAUACACCAUAACACCUCUGCCAAGAAUUUUACGUGGACCUGAUCGACUGAGAACUUUCUGCAGAAGUGGAUCUAUCCAUGGCCAUCAUGGUCUUGUUGAGAUGUACGAUUAUCUUGGCUACACAACUUUCAAUGGGGACAGCUGGGCAAGGAGGACAAGAAACGGAACAGAGUCUCUCGAUAUACACAUUUGGGACAUUGUUCAGCUCCAUCCCAAACAUCAAACAUAAUGAAGAACUUGAGAGAAUUGACUAUGAUGAAAACGUCAAAGAUGUUUUUCUAGGUGAGUCUUUUAACAAAGACGUGUUGUCGAAGGCUUCAUACUUUGCGGCUGAUUAUUCUCCAGGAAAUGUUGCUGAGUCUGAAUGUAAUGAAAUCAAUUGUGAUGAUGAGAAUCUUGCACGUAAGGCUCCUGUGAUGGAUAUCACUGGAAGUGGUGAUAAAAUACCUGGGUUAAAUAAGAUGAAGCGUGAUGGUUUGGAUAACACUGCUUCGGUUGAUAGCUCUGAUGUUGACCCUGUGGUCACCACACGUCUGGGACGAGUUCGCGGUCUAACUUUAGAUAAAGCUUAUGUGUUUUCUGGGAUUCCGUAUGCGGACCCUCCAGUGGGGGUCAAACGCUGGGCGUCUCCUUCACCUGUGUCCUCUUGGAAAUACAUAUAUGAUGCCACGUUUCCCCGUCCUGCAUGCAUGCAGGUAUGCGCUGGAGAGUCAUUUCAGUCGUGUCCUACUAAGGUUAGCGAGGACUGUCUAUAUCUCAAUGUGUUUGUCCCAUUAAGUGUCAAUUUAUCAUCACCAAUAGUGACAUCACUCCCAGUGAUGGUGUGGAUUCACGGUGGUGACUUCAUCGCUGGCUCCGCCUCCAAACCCUUGUACGAUGGACGCUUUAUCAGUAACUAUAGCAACACAGUGGUUGUAAACAUAGAGUAUCGUCUUGGUGCAUUUGGGUUCUUAGUCACGGGAAAAGAUCCAGAGAGCUCUGCAGUUGGGAAUUAUGGGAUUCUAGACCAGCAGGCAGCCUUGCUCUGGGUCCAAGAAAACAUUGCUGCUUUUGGAGGAGACCCAAAUAAGGUGACUCUCUUUGGCGAGAGCGCCGGAGCCCAAUCGGUGUGUCUUCAUCUAAUGAUGCAGAACAGCGAGUCUUUGUUUAGACAUGCAGCCGUACAGAGUUUACCAUUCUCUAUACCAUUAAAAACAAGGUUGGAUGCUAUGAAACUGGGUUGGGAUUUUGCUAAACUGACAAACUGCUCAGUAUUUGAUCUGGCUUGCCUGCGGUCCCUCAGUGCUCGUGAUGUUCUCAACGCCCAGGUUAAAUCAGGUAAGAUCAUAAACCCCUUCUGCUUCCUGGAAGCCUUUGAGACCUGGGGGCCAUUCAUUGACGGAGAGCUGAUCCAGGAACAGCCAAUCACAGCCUUCCGAAAAGGCCAUUGGCAAAGUUACAAGCCCCUUAUACUAGGUACGACCUCUGAGGAAGGUGUGAUCUUUGUUUAUGGCAUUUUUAAUAAAUCUGUGUCAAUGCUGGAAAUUGUGCUGUACACGGCGGCUAUUUUUAAGCAACACACAUUUAAAAUUCUGCACAAAUACAUCCCAUUCUACCGAAACCUGGAUAAACGGGUCAUGCUUUCACAGAUUGUAACAGAUUACAUGUUUCUGUGUCCGACCCGAUGGUCUGCCCGUUCUGGAGUGAGCAUCGGUGGAUCGGUCUGGAUGUAUGUAUUUGACCAUCCACCGUCUGAUGACAGCAUAUGGGAGAAUCUUACGUUUUGCUUUAAUCACACUUGUCAUGGAGCAGAACUUCCCUUUCUGUUUGACUCCGCCCCUAGCACUAACCUCACACUUACACCUCAAGAGACCCUCUUAGCCAAUCAGAUGGCAUGUUACUGGGGAGCAUUCGCCCACGCAGGGGACCCAAAUUCACAGGGGGAGCAGACAUCCUUCUGCAGAGAGCAGAGGCUUCCUGUUUGGCCAAAAUACACAUUCACUGAGGGCUGGUCCAUCCUCAACCUGACUCUACACUCACACCCACAGCAUGGAAACAGAGACCAUUUCUGUGAUUUUUGGGACAGGUUGGACAUUUAUUGAGGACUGGAGAUUUGGGACUGGGUGAAGGAUGCACAACAUCAUGGUCCUGUCCAAAUGAAAAGUGUGACAAUUAAAUAGUAACACACAGCUAUCAAGCUAAUUGAGCAAUUUUCUUAUUUCCUUAUCGCAGUUUAUUAACAAGCUAUCUUUUCUUUUCUGUAGUCCAUACUAUUAUUAAUGUGACUUCUUUUGUAAAUAAACAUGGCAUACUUUUAAUAAUAAAAUGAGCUGUAUAGUUCUAGGGAUAGUUCCCAAAAAAAUCCAAGAUUCUAUAAUUAUUUAUUUGCCCUCAUGUGGUUUCAAACCGUUGUAUGAACAUAAAACCACCGAGACAUUUUUUCAAAAUAUCCACAGAAAAAAAAGAGUUGUAUACAGGUUUUGAAUGACAUGAGAGUGAAUGAAUAGUGACAAAAUAUUGGUUUUUGGGUGAACUAUUUAAUUCAGAGAACAAAUAACAUACUAUUUUUCAGAAAUAAAGCAAUUUUGUAGUUCA